AUGGAUAUUCACAAUCAAAAAGCACAGCGUUUGCCUGUCUUUGUUCAACCGGGUGAAAUCAAUUUCAUAGUCGACAAACCAGAUACCCAAAAAUCUUUGCUGACAAUUUUCAAUCCUUAUCCUUUCCCUAUUUACUUUCGAGGUAUUUUUAAAGGGAAAAUUGUAAAAAAAUUAAAUUUUCCCUUAGUUCUUUGUAAUGCGCCUUCUAAUUAUGCUCUCGGCCUUACUAAAGGAACGAUUCGUGCCGGGUGUUAUAUUGAUAUUACAAUAAGGCACAGAAAUCCAACAGUUAUUGGAAGUGAUUGUUUAAGAAUAGAAAUUUGUUCUUUAAAUGAUUCUGCGGUCAGUAGAAAUUUGUUUACUUUUGAGGAGAUUUAUUGGGGGAUAUAG